AGCGAACAAACCCCAAAAAAGCCUAUCUGCGUUCUUCUACAUACUGAGCUAACUUUGCACUCAAUUUAUACGGAGAAUAACCUCUUAUCGUGUCAAAAUGAAUAGGGAGAAAGUGUAAUUGGAAGUGUUAGAGAGGGUACCACGUUUUAAUGCAGUACUUGGACACGCAGUGUUCACAGGAGACUCAUUAACAAGAGUCCUGACAGUUGGCCGGGCAGCUCAGCCCGCUAGCGAAGAAGUGUCCGAGAAGCGCUUAGAGAAGCGACCCCCCCCAAACCACGGAGACACGCUUGGGCAGUAUGCUGUGCAUGCGGGGCUCCGGGAUCAUGCUGCUGACCUUGCUGUGUGUCACCCUGCUGUCGGUCCUGAGCCGCGGUCACACGUCGAACGAGGUGUCCGCGUCGGCCGAGGAGCUCGGAGGGAAGAAGACGGGCUCGUCGGCCGAGACGGAGCUGGUCGAGGCCCUCGAGGAGAUCCUGGGAAAGUUCGAGAACAGAGUGCCGGAGAAGCGAGGGAGCAUCCCAACAUGCGGAAGGGGUGAGCGCUGUGCUGUGAAACUGGGGCCACGCAUUGGGAAGCUCUGCGACUGUGGACGGGGAAGCCACUGCAAUUCUUUUCUCCUCAAGUGCAUAUAGUCUUUGGAAUUGCAGCAGGGAACACCAAGUGUUUGCAUGCCACUCUUAAGACACCUCAUGGCCUGGCAGGGUUGCGACCCAGGGUUGUGCAAUGGGUAUAGAUGCAUUCAUCGUAAUUCAUGUUGUGUAUGCUACAGCUUACCGGUGGGCUACGUUACUUUGUUAUUUCUCAUUAUCUGUCAACUAGUUACUACUGGUAAACAGAAUAUUUAAACAUAAUACUCAUUUAAUUGUGAAUGCACAGACACACAGCCAAUUAAAAUGA